AUGGCAGAGAAUCAAACAAAAUUUGAUUGGAAAUAUAAUGUGCCUUACGCGUUACAUAUGAAUGGAGUAGUAGAAUCGCUUAUCAACUCGGUUCGCAAAGCACUCGAUGCAUCAGUGGUGAAUUACAGCAGGGCUCUCAUGACCUACGAAGAAUGGACAACUAUUCUCAACGAAAUUACUUAUAUCAUCAAUAGUCGACCACUUUUCUCAGAUGGAAACCCUUUGGAAUAUAAUUCUAUUACUGGCAAUACUCUUUUACAUCCAUAUGCAAAGCGGGUAGUCCCGCAAACUACACAAGAAGAGAGAUUCAAUCCACGAGACAUGCUAAAAGUGGCGAAAAACAGAGUUGAGGUGUUCUGGAAAACAUGGAUGAAACACAUACCGCCUCAGCUAUUACUUGCUAACAAAUGGUUUCGUACAAGACGCAAUCUUCAAGUUGGAGAUUACGUAUUAAUUCUUCAACCUGGAUUUAAAGGCGGAAGUGCACCCAGAGGUUUAUGGAAAAAAGCACUGGUUCACAACAUUAUGCCCAGUUCAGAUGGCUUAGUGAGAAGUGUUACAAUCAAGGACAGCGAUAGGAAUUUAUACAAUCGACCAAUACAUAGACUUUGUCUAAUUGCGACCAAAGAAGAGCUACAAUGUGGGUUGAAAGACAUCUAA